AUGACUUUAUCGUAUGACGUUCUUGUCACCGGCUCGGCCGGUCAUCUUGGUACGGCUCUUAUGCUUAGCCUACCUUCUCUGGGCUUUAAACCCCUGGGCAUCGACAUUCUACCUUCCUCAACUACGACACUUGUGGGAUCUGUUAGUGACCGCGACUUCAUCGCCUCCAUUUUUGACUCUUACCCCAUCAAACACGUCCUCCAUGCCGCGACACUGCAUAAACCGCAUGUUUGCAGCCAUAGCAAGGAGCAAUUUAUCUCGACCAACGUUGUCGGUACUUUGAUCCUGCUAGAAGAGUCUUCCAGAUUCAGCGCACAGAUUGAGAGUUUUAUCUUCUUCAGUACAACCAGUUCUUUUGGUAUGGCGCUCAGUCCCAAGCCGGGAUACCCCGCUGCUUGGAUCGAUGAAUCCGUUGUGCCCGUCCCAAAGAAUAUAUAUGGCGUGACAAAGGUUGCAGCCGAGGACAUGUGCGCACUGAUGCAAAAGCAAAGUGGAAUGCCCGUUCUAGUUCUCCGCACUAGCCGUUUUUUCCCUGAAGAAGAUGAUGAUGAAGACCGUCGCGCGGCCAUGAGCGAUGAGAACCUGAAGGCUUUAGAGCUGGCCUACCGCAGAUGUGACAUUGAGGAUAUCGUUAGCGCAUCAGUCUGCGCAAUGAGAAGAGCUAAGGAUAUUCGAUGGGGAAAUUACAUCAUAAGCGCUCCACCGCCUUUCAACAACGACACACACACUCUGGAUGCGCUGAAUCGGAACCCUGCAGAGGUGCUGCGGAAGGCAUUUCCUGAUGUGGAUGUGGUUUUCAAAGAGAAAGGGUGGAAACAUCUUGCGAGGAUCGACAGAGUGUAUGAUUCAAGCAGGGCAGUGAAGGAACUAGGAUGGAACCCAAAGUAUACAUUUGAAAAGACAGUGGGGAGAUUAGCACGCGGCGAGCAAUGGAAGAGUGAUUUGACAGAGAGGGUUGGCAAGAAAGGUUAUCAUGCUGUGAGCACUGGGGUGUAUACAAAGCGAUGA